CCAUUUUGCAUGGUGUUUAACGGGUUUGGGGUAAAAGUCUGCAGGAGGAUACAUAAGCUGAGAGGGAACCCGGUGGAAGGAUGUCCAGACGACAGCGUGUAGAUUUGGGCGAUGAUUAUUCUCCGGGUAAAAAGAGACCCUCGGAUAGGCGUGACCGCGACAGAGAGCGCGAUGACCGGCCCAGGGAUCGGGACAGAGACGUGAAGCCCUCCAGCGUGCCCCGCAGCGUGGCUUCGUCUGGCAGUGGGGGCUUCUCCAAACAGCCCUCCCUCCAGCAGCAGACCAACCCCUACACCAACCUGCCCCACACGCCUCGCUACUACGACAUCCUGAAGAAGCGCCUGCAGCUGCCUGUGUGGGAGUACAGAGAGCGCUUCACCGACAUCCUCAUGCAGAACCAGUGCUUUGUCCUUGUCGGGGAGACGGGAUCUGGGAAAACCACACAGAUCCCUCAGUGGUGUGGGGACAUGGUGCUGGCAGUGGAGGGUCCGAAGAGAGCGGUGGCCUGCACCCAGCCUCGCAGGGUCGCCGCCAUGAGCGUCGCCCAGAGGGUCGCCGAUGAGAUGGAUGUGAUGCUGGGCCAAGAGGUGGGCUACGCCAUCCGGUUUGAGGACUGCAGCUCUGCCAAGACGGUGCUCAAGUACAUGACAGAUGGAAGGCUGCUGCGGGAGGCCAUGAACGAUCCUCUGCUCGAGCGCUACGGUGUCAUCAUCCUGGAUGAGGCCCACGAGCGCACGUUAGCCACAGAUAUCCUCAUGGGGGUCCUCAAGGAGGUCGUCCGCCAGAGGGCUGACCUCAAGGUCAUCGUCAUGAGUGCCACGCUCGACGCCGGAAAGUUCCAGGUGUACUUUGACAACUGUCCACUGCUGACCAUCCCCGGGCGCACCCACCCCGUGGAGAUCUUCUACACCCCCGAACCGGAGCGGGACUACCUGGAGGCGGCCAUCCGAACCGUGGUCCAGAUCCACAUGUGCGAGGUGGAUGAAGGCGACCUGCUGCUCUUCCUCACCGGACAAGAG